GUCGGCGGCCCAAACCACAGCCUGUCUAGUUAUGGUCUAAUAAUAUCCUCGGAUCGAACCUCGGAUUUUUUUUUUCCCUAAUUUCUUCCCGCACUUCACGCACAGUCAUGGUGUUCAUCAAAACGCCCGAUAACCAAACCCUAACCAUCAAUCUCAACCCCUGCGCCACCACCCUCAAAACCCUAACCAGUGAAAUCCAACGCCAGCUCCACCUUCCAGUGCCCCUCCAACGCCUCUACCUCUCCCCUCGCCUUAUUUCAAGACCCCAAGACGACGGCGUUCUACUCUCUCUCCUCGGCGUUUCUCCCUUUUCAACACUCACCUUACACGUCCCUCUACUCGGCGGCGUGCAACCCCCCGCGGUGCCGAAGAACCGUCUUGACUUCCUGAACACGAAACCCCCUACUAAUUAUGUUGCCGGGCUGGGCCGUGGUGCCACGGGCUUCACCACCCGUUCUGAUAUCGGCCCGGCCCGUGCUGCCCCUGAUUUACCCGAUCGCUCCAUUGGUGCCGGCUCUGGUGGAGCUGCUGGAGUCGGCCGGGGGCGAGGGAAAGGCGGGCCCGGCGAGGAAGAGGAGGAAGAGGAGAAUGAAGAGAAGGGGUACGAUGAGAAUCAGAAGUUUGAUGAGUUCGAAGGAAACGACGUUGGGCUGUUUGCUUCGGCUGAAUAUGACGACGAGGAUAAGGAGGCCGAUGCUAUAUGGGAGGCGAUUGAUAAGAGGAUGGACUCGAGGAGGAAGGAUAGGAGGGAAGCUAGGUUAAAGGAAGAAAUCGAGAAAUAUCGAGCGUCGAACCCCAAGAUUACUGAGCAAUUUGCAGGGUUGAAGAGGAAACUGCAUACGCUGUCAGCUGAAGAAUGGGACAGCAUACCGGAAAUUGGGGAUUAUUCAUUGAGAAAUAAGAGGAAGAAGUUCGAGAGUUUCGUCCCGGUUCCGGAUACCCUUUUGGAAAAGGCGAGGCAGGAGCAAGAGCACGUGACGGCGUUGGAUCCCCGGACUCGGGCAGCUGGUGGGACAGAGACUCCAUGGGGUCAGACCCCUGUUACGGAUUUGACUGCCGUUGGUGAAGGGAGAGGUACUGUGUUGUCUCUCAAGUUAGAUAGGCUUUCAGAUUCUGUUACUGGGCAAACUGUUGUUGAUCCAAAGGGUUAUUUGACUGAUUUGAAAAGUUUGAAGAUUAAUAGUGAUGCUGAUAUAGCUGAUAUUAAGAAGGCUAGGCUGUUGCUGAGUUCUGUGAUACAUUCUAACCCUAAGCAUCCGCCCGGUUGGAUUGCUGCCGCGAGGUUGGAGGAGGUGGCUGGAAAGCUACAGGUUGCCAGGCAGCUUAUUAAGAAGGGCUGCGAGGAGUGUCCCAAGAGUGAAGAUAUUUGGGUGGAGGCCUGUAGGUUGUCUAAUCCGGAAGACGCGAAGGCAGUGAUAGCAAGAGGAGUUAAGGCCAAUCCAAAUUCUGUUAAGUUGUGGUUGGAGGCUGCAAGGUUGGAGCAUGAUAAUGUAAAUAAGAGUAGGGUUUUAAGAAAGGGUCUUGAACAUAUUCCAGAUUCUGUUAGGCUCUGGAAGGCAGUUGUGGAGCUUGCUAAUGAAGAGGAUGCGAGGCUUUUACUCCAGCGGGCUGUGGAGUGUUGCCCAUUGCAUGUGGAGUUGUGGCUUGCUCUUGCUAGGCUGGAAACUUAUGACAACGCAAAGAAGGUACUUAAUAAGGCCAGAGAGAAGCUUUCUAAAGAACCUGCUAUAUGGAUUACUGCAGCCAAGUUGGAGGAAGCCAAUGGUAAUACUUCUAUGGUUGGAAAGAUCAUAGAAAGGGGUAUCAGGGCUUUACAGAGAGAAGGCUUGGAGAUUGACAGAGAACUUUGGAUGAAAGAGGCCGAGGCCGCUGAACGGGCUAAUUCUGUUGUGACAUGCCAAGCUAUUAUCCGUCAUACCAUCGGGAUUGGGGUGGAGGAAGAAGAUAGAAAGAGGACCUGGGUUGCUGAUGCUGAAGAGUGCAAGAAGAGAGGUUCCAUUGAAACAGCGAGGGCAAUUUAUGCUCAUGCCCUCACUGUGUUUCUGACUAAGAAGAGUAUAUGGCUGAAAGCAGCACAGCUUGAAAAGAGCCACGGAACCAGGGAAUCUCUUGAUGCACUGUUGCGUAAGGCAGUCCAAUAUAUACCACACGCUGAAGUUCUCUGGUUAAUGGGGGCCAAGGAAAAGUGGCUUGCUGGUGAUGUACCUGCAGCCCGUGCCAUUCUUCAGGAAGCUUAUGCUGCAAUUCCUAAUUCUGAGGAGAUAUGGCUCGCUGCUUUCAAACUUGAGUUUGAGAAUCACGAGCCUGAGAGAGCACGGAUGCUUCUAGCCAAAGCAAGAGAAAGGGGUGGCACAGAAAGAGUUUGGAUGAAAUCUGCAAUCGUUGAGAGAGAGUUAGGGAACACAGAGGAGGAGAGGCGGCUGCUUGAUGAAGGGCUCAAGAGCUUCCCUUCAUUUUUCAAACUCUGGUUAAUGCUAGGCCAGCUGGAGGAACGACUGGGUAAUUUGGAGCAAGCAAAGGAAACGUACGAGUCAGGUCUUAAGCACUGUCCAAAUUGUAUUCCCCUCUGGCUCUCACUUGCUAAUCUAGAGGAAAAGGUGAAUGGUCUCAGUAAAGCUCGAGCUGUUUUAACAAUGGCCAGGAAGAAGAAUCCUCAGAAUCCUGAACUGUGGCUUGCUGCAGUUCGGGCUGAAGCCCGGCAUGGCAACAAGAAGGAAGCUGAAAUAUUGAUGUCCAAGGCAUUGCAAGAAUGCCCCAAUAGCGGCAUUCUGUGGGCUGCAAACAUUGAGAUGGCUCCUCGGCCCCAAAAGAAGUCUAGGAGUUCCGAUGCUUAUAAAAAGUGUGAGCAGAAUCCUCAUGUCCUCGCUGCUGUGGCAAAGUUAUUUUGGCAUGAAAGGAAGGUUGACAAGGCUAGGAGUUAUCUAAACAGGGCAGUUACUCUUGCUCCUGAUAUUGGUGACUUUUGGGCAUUAUACUACAAAUUUGAACUUCAGCACGGGAAUGAAGAGACUCAGAAAGAUGUUAUUAAGAGGUGUGUGGCCGCGGAACCAAAGCAUGGCGAGAAAUGGCAGGCCAUAUCAAAGGCAGUAGAAAAUUCUCACCAGCCAACGGAAGCUAUUUUAAAGAAGGUGGUUGUUUCAUUGGGAAAGGAAGAAAACUCAGCUGAGAAUAGCAAAGAUUGAGGGGUGUUACAUUGCUGAUUUUUAGAUGUUGUACUGCAAAUUUGAACUUGAGCACGGUGAAGAGACUCAAAAGUAAUAAUGUUAUAAGAGGGGACGUGUGUUGCAGCAGAACUAGAGCAUGCUGAGAAAUAUGGCAAGCAUAUCAAAGCAAUAGAAUAUUCUUAUUACUUGGCAAUAAUAGCAUGGCUUUGGCUAUUCUAGAGACCGGUCGCGAUCUUAAUCAUGUCUUUAAAUUUGUGUAGUAGACUGUUUGGCCUAGAUGAGAUUUAAUCUUGGGUGGGGAGGAGUUUCGACGGCGUUUUUUUGACGAAUGAUGAUGGUCUUCAUUGCAUUUUUUUUCUUUUUUUUGGUAGGAUGAUUCAUGUGGGCCACUCGCUGCGUGUGUUUUGUUGAUUAAUAAUGCAUAUUUAAAGGUUGCGUUU